AUAUAUAUAUACACACACACACACACAUUUUUUCUAUUUUAUUAAAAUAACAACCAUACAAAAAUUAUUAAUCAAAAUAAUAUCAUGCAGCUAUGUGGGAUUAAUGAUAUGAUGUAGGCAUAUUAAUUAAAUUACUGCUUACAAAUCUUAAUAUCCAAAUUUUACAUUAUUCAAAGGUCUUUUACAAAAAUUCGACUCGUGACAAAAAAAUGUUAGGAUCCGCCCUGGAGUUGGUAAGGGAGAAUCAUGGAGAUCGGCGUCUCUCGCUCGGAACAAAACGUGUCCGAAAUUGUGGGAGCGGCAUUUACCUUUGUUAUUUGGUGUGUGGGUAAUGGGAAUGUUUGAGUUUAAUGGUUGGAUAGUGAGACAAGAUUUUUGGUUUGAGGGUAGCCACAAAGGCAGGGUACGCCUCCCUCCUGAACCGCCGCCUCAGAGUGGUCGCAUGGCUAGAGUUUGAAAGAUGACACUUCAAGGCUCGCAUGAGAUUCUGGAAAAGUCUUCUCUCCGAGAAAGAAAGAUCAAGCUUCUCUUAAUUUUGGGGAAGCAGUUUACCUCUACUAGUUUUGAUUUUCUUUUAGUUUUUUUAUGUUGGUCAGAUUGUUAUGUUGGUUGUGUUUUUGUGUUAAUUAUGUCAGACUCUGAAGUUUGGGCCAUGUGUUUUGGUGUAUUUGAGACACCAAAAAGGAUUCAAACUGCGUACGCCAAGGGAAUGACGGACAGUCCGGGGGAGCCAAGGAGCGUUGAACCGGCGAAGGAGCCACUGGGAGCGGCAGAAAAGGGUGAUACCGCCGAUUCAAAAUUGUGGCCGUCCAUGGUCGAGUGCGACGAGUCUGGUGGCAGAGACGGAAUGAUCGGAUUCAUUGGAGACCACAUGAAAAUUGGCGGAACCCAAUUGCCGAAUGUGAGUGGCAGAACCAUGGAAAUAGCCGACGAGCUGAAGAAGGUUAGGGCUACAUCUCGCUCUGCAUCGAGCUUGGGGCAGCGGAUCGGAGGCCUGGAUAGCAGCAGAAGGCGCAACCAUGGUAGGCGCUGCCAUGGUGGUCGAUGAUGCUGCGGCAGUCGACAUACGCGCGUGCGGGAAAAAAAUUAUAACCCUAGGGCUCUUGAUAGUAUGUAAGAAUAAUAUGGGAGCAUACUAGUCCCGUAAGUAUUAUUUAUGAUAAAAGAGUCCAAGAUACAUCAAGAUUCCUACUAUAAUUAGACAACCUAAUUAAUAUUAAUAAAUACAUUAAUUAAUUAUGAGAUCAGUGAGUCAUAUUGCUCUUUGUAAGAUGAUUAUCUCUGAGUCUGAUUCAAGAGCUGAGAGUUGGGGGAGGACAUUUUGUCAUUUUGUUACUUGCCCAAGGUCUGAUUAUUUAAUAUAAAUCGAUAAAAAAAAGUUUCGUAGACAUGUAGUUUAUCCUCUUUGAGCCCCUUCUCUAGCUAAGUUAUUUGGUUGAGGAAUGGCAAAAUAAAUUCUUAUCUUGUUGAGGGAUACCAUUCCAAAUACGAGCAACCCAUUAUCAAAAAAGGAAAAGUAGGACGAUACGGAGUAUAUUUUAAACUUUUUCAUCGUGUUGGUGCCUACAUAGUUGAGCUGGUGGGAGAGGUCUCACUUUAAUUAAUUUUAAGAAAAAUUAGGAAAGAACCCCUCUCAACUAGUAUGAUUAAAACUUAAUUUACAUUUUCUCCAUUAACUAUCUAGCACCGGCCCCCCUCUCAACUAGGGCAAAUUAUAAGGUACAUCUGGAUGUACAUGUGAAUGGUGCAUCCGGUACUUUUGUAAAUAUGUGUAAAGUUGAGGAUCUUAAUGACGUUAGUUGCUUCUUCUUUUACUUUUAAACAUCACGUUGACCGGCUUAUUUCUUUUCUUUUAUCUUUUGUUUCUUUUUUCAUUUCCUUUAUAUAUAUAUUUACGUUCCUCAAUCCUCAUGUGUUGUACGCUUCUCUGUUUUAGGCUGCUACUUCAUUUUUUUGUAUUAUUUAUAUUUCCUACUAGAUUCUUUUUCUAUUUCCC